UUCCUCCCUUUCCACUUUCCCCACUGGUUCACUUCGCUCCUCUCUCUCCUCCAAAUCCCCAAGCUGCAAGCCCAACCACGGUCCACCCAUGUCCCUCCCACACCCCACCACCACCGCCUCAGACAGCUCCACCACCACCAUCCCAAUCAACCUCCAACCCCUCCCCCACCUAACCCAAUACCUCCCCGACCUCCAAACCCACCCCAACCCCCUCAACCAAAACCCCUUCUUCCACCCCUCCCCCCUCUUCUACAUCCACCCCUCCUCCGACCUCGUCCUCAACAACGACAACCUCCUCACCUACCACCGCGCCGGCCCGCGUGAGCGGAUCUUCUUCGACCCGCCCCGCGUGCGGGCCGCCGUGGUCACGUGCGGGGGCCUGUGCCCCGGGAUGAACACGGUGAUCAGGGAGCUCGUGGUGGGGCUGUGGGAGCUGUACGGGGUGAGGGAGAUUUACGGUGUCAGGGCCGGGUUCCGCGGGUUUUAUACGGGUGAUCCGGUUCUGAUGGGUCCGGAGAUGGUGCAUGAUUGGCAUAAGAAGGGUGGGACAGAGCUUCAGACCUCUAGGGGUGGCUUUGACCUUGAUCGGAUCGUUAAUGCCAUUCAAGAUCGCGGCUAUAAUCAGGUCUACAUCAUUGGUGGAGAUGGCACAAUGCGUGGAGCUGUGAAGUUAUUUGAUGAGAUACGCCGCAAGAAACUGAAUGUUGGAAUUGUUGGAAUUCCCAAAACUGUCGAUAAUGAUGUUGGCAUCAUUGACAGAUCCUUUGGUUUUCAGACUGCAGUGGAAAUGGCCCAGCAGGCGAUCAGUGCCGGUCAUGUGGAGGCUGAGAGUGCUGUCAAUGGCAUUGGUCUUGUGAAGUUAAUGGGUCGUAGCACGGGCCACAUUGCCUUGAACGCAACCUUGAGCAGCCGAGACGUGGAUUGCUGUUUGAUUCCUGAAAACGAAUUUUACUUGGAAGGAAAGGGGGGGCUCUUUGAUUUCCUGGAGCAUCGACUAAAGAAGAACGGCCAUGCAGUGCUGGUUGUUGCUGAGGGGGCUGGACAAGAUAUAAUACCAAGAACUGACGCCCAGAAAGAAGAGAGGGAUGAAUCUGGGAACCCCGUAUUCUUAGAUGUUGGUGUGUGGUUGAAGUCCGCGCUCAAGAAGUGGUGGGACCGGGAUCACCCAGACGAAUUAUUUACGGUCAAAUACAUAGAUCCAACAUAUAUGAUUCGUGCAGUCCCUGCAAAUGCCACUGACAAUUUAUACUGUACUCUGCUGGCGCAUUCGGCAAUUCAUGGGGUAAUGGCAGGGUACACCGGGUUUGUUGCGGGUCCUAUUAACGGUAACUAUGCGUAUAUUCCCCUGGAAGAGGUGGCUGUGGCUAAAAAUCCUGUUAACACGGCGGACCACAAGUGGGCAUGGGUCAGAUCUGUUACCAAUCAGCCUGAUUUUCUGAGGAGCUAAGUCUUUGGACUUCAUGAUAUGAGGCUACUUAAUGGAAUCAUGAUAGUGUUAAACGUACUUUGUAUGAUGUACCACAUAGCCAUGCUACAGUUAAAUUUUGUUGGGUGAAGCAACUCCUGAAUCAGAUCUCUCAUCAGGCAU